AAAAGCUUUAGAGUUGGAUUAGUAUAUUAUCCUGUUUAAAUUAAGUUUAUAUUUAUAAAUUAAGAAUUCUGAAUUUUUAAACGUUUCCAUAUACUUGUAGCAAUUAUUUACAAUUAAAACAUAAAUAUGAAAAUAAAUGUGAACUAUCGUAAUUUAAGUCGAUUUCUUAAACUAUUGUUAGUCCUCGUCGUUUUUAUCGUUGUAGUCUAUAGCGUUUUCAAGUCUUGUUGGAUAAUAAGAGAAAAAAAAUACUCAGAUAAAUCGCAUUCAAACCAACAGAAAUCAGACGUAACCCAAGAAGAUUACACACAGAGCCCGCCCACUUUAGAGUCCUCAAUUAUAAACGUUACACCAGUCCCUGUUAUUAAUUGGAACAAAAUUUCAAAGUCACGUUUACCAUGGUACUUCAAAGAUGGUUUAAGGUACCCCGAGAGAGAUCUCGUGGACAACAAAACUGGAGUUCGGAUUUCAAAAUUAUGGCCGGAGGAACACAUGCUUGGUGAUCGCGUGGAAGAACAGCUUAUGUUCGUGCCACCACAUUACAAGUAUGAAAACGCACCGUUAAAAAAUAUUUUACUUUACAAUGACCACAAGAAUUGGAUGAUAGAAGAUGGUCAGAUUGAAUUUCUUUCGAACGGCUGUCCGGUAGAUAGAUGCAAGAUUAUAAGAAAUGCCAAGUAUUUAUAUGAAGCGGAUGCAGUUGUGUUCCGCAACAAUUUUAUCGACUAUGAACUGUCCACGAGUAUUGCAAACCAAGUACGAAUAUUUUACAUCCAGCAGUCGGCGUACUACACGAAACUUGACAAUAUUAGUGCAAACUUCAUUAACUGGACUGUGUCGUAUCGACACGACAGUGAUAUUGUUGUACCAUACAGGCGAUGGGCAUACUACAACAAUCCAUUGGUGACCCAGAGAGAACAACUGCAACGUAAUUAUGCACAGAACAAAAAAAAAUUAAUUGCGGCGGUCAUAAUGGAGUGUGAUACGGACAAUGGCAGAAUAUUGUACGUGCGCGAGUUGAAUAAACAUAUCGCAGUAGAUAUUUAUGGUCAAUGCGGAGAUUAUAACUAUGUAAUAUCGGAUACGUUCUUUAAAAUACUGGGACAAGAUUACAGAUACUAUUUGGCUUUCGAGGAUUCGAAUUGCAUUAAUUACAUAACAGAAAAGUUUUUUGUCGAGGGACUUGGAUACGACAUGUUGCCGAUCGUGAUGGGCGCCCGCAGGGAGGACUACGAGCUGGUCGCGCCGCACCAUUCGUACUUGCACGUGGACGACUUCGAGUCGCCGGAGGAGCUUUCCAAGUACCUGUUCCGGUUGUCCAACGACGACGAACUGUACAACGAGUACUUCCGGUGGAAGGGCUCCGGGGAGUUCGUCGACACCCGAUUCUUCUGCCGGCUGUGCGCCAUGUUGCACGACGAGAGCGCUCCGGUCAAGCACUACCAUAACGUCAUCGACUGGUGGCGCAGGCCCGACGCGUGCGACCAUCAACCGGCGAGGCGAUGGAAGACGCCGGGCGAAAACUCGUCGCAGCCGCCGGAGGUACGGAAACAGUAUUCGCUGUCCUAGCCUCGAGUGCAACAGUUGUGCGAUCCGUACGUUUACACGCGUACACAGCACGGACGGAUCACUGCGCAAACGAACCGUACGAAUUCUUUACACCCCAUGUACAAUAAUAAUAUGUACCCCUGCAGUUAACCAAUACAUUUCUAUGUUUUCUAUAUGUA